AUGGCGUCUCAGACCUGGAACGAUGCAGAUCAGUAUUGGGAAAUUGCAAGUGAACCUCGACUGAGGCUGCUUCACACCGCCUCUACUUCUCUACGUUCUCAGCUUGCUUCGAAGCGCGAGGCUCUAGAGGUCGAGAGGCAAGCUGUCAAGCGGGUCUUGUGCAAACUCGAUACGUCCUUGAACGAGUUGCAGCCCGUGAAUUUGUUGCCGUCGGAUGUUCUGACGCACAUAUUCCUACUCGUCAAAGAAAGUUUUGCGGAAUCCCUCAAGCCGUUUACCUCAUCAAUCAUCAAGCCCAAGAUCUUUCCUCCGCGAUGGUUUAGUUUGGUGCACGUCUGCAAACGAUGGAGAUCGGAGGCAUUGUCUCUUCCGUCUCUUUGGUGCCACCUCACGACCUCUAUGGGCCCCAAGGCGCUCAAAGAGUUCAUCCGAUUGAGCCAGGACGCGUCGCUCUCCCUCGUCUUGGAGAAUAAGCGAUACAAGAACACUACGGAGCGGCUAGAUCUCAUAUUCGUUCCAGGCGUGCUUGAUCGCACACAGCAACUCGUAGUCGCUUACGGUCGCCUUGGACCUAAACCGCAAUUGUACAUCCCAUACCUGGCACACCCUAUGCCACGACUGGAGUCCUUCAUCUACCGACACGCCGCCCGGGAUGCGGAGCCACCCAACAAUCUAUUCAACGGUAUCGCCCCGAGACUGAAAUCUCUCGUACUCGAACUUCUCCCCGGGCUACCUCAACCUUCUUACCUCUUUCGCAAUCUUCGUGUCUUCUCUUUGAUUACUGGAACGAGCACUGGUGCUUUUGCGCAUGCCCCAUCGUCCAGGUUGUUCGAGCUUCUGGAAACCAUGCCUCUUCUCGAAUGCCUAGAACUGAGAAACACACUUCCCGCCGAACCUUUCACACCAUAUUACGCCCUACCUUUACCCCGGCCGCACCUCAAGACGUUGAUAUUGGAAGGUCCCAUAUUAGCGUGCAUAUGCGUCGUGCGCGCAUUCCACUUACCGCGCGACUGUGCGACCGAUAUCGACUGUGACGCUUCGGCAACUUCCGUGGAAGCCUUCGACGGGCUUGUCGAUGCCUUAUGCAACGCUGGGUUGGGGGGUAUUGCACCCCGCACCCUCUUGAUCAGAAGCCAUUCUAGGGGUAAUUUCCACCUUACGGCAUAUGCGGAUGCUGUCGAACCUGAAUUCCUGCGCGCCAGGUCAGGCUAUGAACCUCGUGAACCUCCGGCACCAAUCUUUGGUGUCUACAUACGCGGGCUCGCCGUCGUCGAUAAUUCGAGCAUCCCGUCGCUCAUUACCACCGUCUGCAAGCAAAUUAUCCCCUUAGAACGUCUCGAGGCGCUCAGCAUAUCCAUCGAUAUGGCCGAGUUUCAGAUGACGGGUGGGCCUACGGCGAGUAGUGAGCUCACAGAACUGUGGCACAGUUUGCUAGGCCCGUGCUCGCAUUUGCACGAUGUGGCAUGCGCCGGCGCACCAGCAUACGUCCUGCUACGCGAGCUGGCCGCCACACGAGAGGCGUCGCGCUUUCUUCCCACGCUAAAGCUGCUCAUCUUCGACGAAGAUAACCUCUCACGCUAA